UUUGUAGCUCCAGCUCUGAAGGAAUUUCCUGAUUGGUUGCUGUGAGCCGUAUGGGUCACUGGUGGGAGCCCACAUACAAGUGUGGUCAUUCACUGGCUGUGAACAGUGCUUCGUUCUCAUCUCACUUACAUGUGGCGGCUCGGAGGCAGCCGGACCUGCAGUGACUUGGGCUUGCUAUGGCUGCGUCCUUGCCAUGGCUUCAUUGCCUUCAUUUUGCACUGAUUUUUCUCAUGCUACAAGAAGGUGUUUGCUUUCAGGUGGAACCAAACCUCUGUGAUUCCAGUUGUGCUGGGCUCCCUACCCCUGAUCUGUCCUUUCAGAGAGGAGUGAGGUAUACCUACAGGUAUAGCACAACAAUUACCACCACCCUCCACGGCUCUAAUGCUGGCAGGAAUGGACUGGCUUUGGACUGUGUGGUUGACAUCGAUGUGGUCUCCAAGUGUCACCUAAUUAUGCAGAUUAGGAAUCCACAGAUAAAGCGGCUUUCCCCUCAGAGGGAGCACUCUGUGCAGCGCUUAAAAAGCCUGAGGGAGUCACUGGAGAGAACGCGCCUCAAGUUCUCCCUCCAGGGGGGAAAGGUCACGGCCCUCUGUCUCCAGGAAGGGGAGCAGGUGUGGGCCCUCAACAUUAAAAGGGCUCUACUGAGCAUGCUUCAGACCUCCCGCAUGGGCGCCAAACAGGAAUUAGAAGAGGAGACGGAUGUCUAUGGGAGGUGCAGUAGCAAGUAUGAGAGGCGAGGACCCGUCCUGCUGAAGACCAGGGAUCUAAAACAGUGCCACGAGUCCAGGCUGGCAAACUUCUGGCCUCAUUCAAUAGCUUUGAGUGAAGAUACAUCAGUGCAGUCAGAGUUGCACUGUGUUCAGCGCCAUGGAUCUACUGUGAUUGAGGAGGCCAACUGUACAGAAGCUAUUUCCAUGGCAACAUGGUCCACGACUGCAGGGUUGGUGAAGACCCAAACAGUGUCUGUGCUCCUUCUGCUCAGAGCCCAGGCAGGGAGUCCAUCAGGAAUAGAUUCUUUAAGUGACGGUGUGCUUACUGACCUGCAGUUUGAGGAGGAGGGAGCUGCAUGGCCAGGAAAAUCCAGGGUGUCAACACCGCAGCAAGCCAGUCAGACUGUCAGGACGUUGUGUAGCCUCACCUCCAACCCACAACAGGUAUCACAAGAGUUCCUUCAACUGGCUUUUCAGCUGAGAGAUCUUACUCUCCUUCAACUCAAGACUCUCUGGCAAGAGGCUUCUUUCAAGUGCCGCAAUGACUGGCAGCCGCUGUUGGAUGCAUUACCAGCGUGUGGGUCUGAAAGCUGCAUCGGGCUCCUGACUGACCUCAUGAGGAACAAAGAGCUGGAGGACGAGCAGGCCCACUCUCUCCUCACCACCAUCGCCCUCAUCCCUCACCCAUCACCACGGAUCAUCGACUCUGUCAAUGCCCUGUUGGAGGUCCCAGAGGUGUGGUCCAAAGCCCUGUUGGCAGGAUCAUCUCUGGUCUACCAGCUGUGCCAGAGGUCCCGAACGUCUUGCAGUGAACUCCCUCACGUACAGACCCUCAUGCAGACACUAGAGGAAACACUCAGGGAAGGCUGCGAGGGAGAAGAACCCACCCGAGUUUUAUAUGCACUGAAAUCCGUGGGAAACACUGGUCUGUCCGCGCCAACCUUCACUCCUCUGCUUAACCGCUGUGCGCUCGGCCAGUCAACGGCGAUUGAGCUGAGACUUGCUGCCAUUCAGGCCUUCAGACGCUUCCCCUGCUCAGCUGAUAGGUCUGUGCUGUUGCAGCUGUACAGCUCCUCCCCUGAGGAUCCCGAGGUCAGAAUCGCUGCAUACCAGCAGCUCCUGCGCUGCCCCGACCAGGACGUAUUCGAAGUGGUGAAGGCGACACUGAGAACUGAGACCUCCAGCCAAGUGGGCUCAUUUGUGUGGAGUCACCUGACAAAUGUCCUGAGAAGUGAGGACCCCAUGAAGCAGGCCCUGAUCGAGUCCCUUCCUGACGACAUCAUCAGCAGAGACUUUGAAGCAGAGUUUUUGAAAUACUCUUCAUAUUCAGACUACACUGCUGCCUCGGGCAUGGGAAUCACAAAUUUGGAAAAAUCGUUGAUUUUCUCUCCCAAAUCGUUUCUCCCGAGAUCUGCCACCACCAACCUCACAGUGUAUUUUCACGGUCGAGCCCACAACCUUAUGGAAGUGGACCUUCACGUUGAAAACUUCGAGCCACUUUUGAAGAACAUUUUCGGUCACCAGACAGACAAUGCAGAUGGAGAGUCGACAGCUGGGACACGGAGGACGAGAAGAAAAACAGAUGACAGCCAUAGAGAAGGAAAAGAAAAGUGUUUAUCCAGCACCAACAGUUAUCUGAACCAGGCCAGGGCCAUGUUGUUCGGGAGAGGGAAAACUGAAGAGAACAGGCCCAAGUGUUGGGUCGGUGUGAAAGUGUUUGGGAAUGAGCUCAGUGUGUUCACGUGUGACGAUCUCUACGAUCGAAUCAACCUGCUGUCACUGAGCGUGGCCGGGCUGGCUGUCAAACUGCUUAAGGGUCAUGAGGUCCAGUUGAACCACAGGGCGGUGCUGAUGACGGAGGAGCUGCUCUUACCCUCACUUUCCGGUUUGCCUGUCAAACUGGGCAUCAACAUGACCUCCCUCCUUUCUCUGCGUCUGAAGGGCAACGUCAACUACAGGGAUACGUCUCACUUCUCCCUGACUGGAUACAUCAAACCCAACGCCUACGUGGCACUGUCAGCUAGGAUGGGUGUUGACGGUGCCCUGGGUCAGGCUGCAGUGGACUGGGUCUUUGAGCUGAGGAGCUCCACCAGUCUGGACGGCAGUGUUCAGCUGCAGGAGGGGAGGGACGUCAGAGUCACACUCAACACACCUGAGGACGUCAUGGACAUCAUCUCCCUUAGCUCCAGAGUGUUUCAGCUCAGUGGAGACCACAGAGAGGAGUUGAAGGGACCAAAGAGUCGAAUCCAGAAGACCACCUGCACGCCAAAGACUUGGUCCAAGAUGGUCGGCUGGCAGCUGUGCUCCAAUGCAUCUUAUCCACUAACUCCCGCAGGGAUUUCAUUACCUGCUGCCGGACCCAUCCACUUUUCCCUCAGGCUGCUGAAGCUGGACAGAGGACUCCAUUACUACCUUCUGGAGGCUGCCUAUUCACUGCUCCCUCAGAGAGGCACCUGGUUUCCCGGAGAGGCCUCCAUCCACCUCCUCCUGGCCACUCCUCAGUCCUCCAUACCCAGAGACAUGUCUCUGGACUUGGCCUUCAACCCUCACAGACUGCUGCUGAGGAUCACCCAUCCUCUGAAAACCAUCCACGUACAAGGACAUCUUGAACAAGAGAGGAGUGUGACGUCGGGAAAGCUGGAGCUGAUGAUUGAUGGUGUCCAUUAUUAUAUAAUGGGUUUGGUCGACACUCAGACCCUCCUGUCAGAGCAGAGGACACGCUACCACCUCGAGGCCAAGAUGGCUGCUGAAGGACAUCCCAUGAUCCUCUCUGCUAAUAUAACUCGUGGACUGGGUAGGAAGAGCAGCCUCUCUGCUACCUUGAAGAAUGUGUUCCGAGAAACUGCAUCACUAUCGGUGGCCCUGGAGCGCCGGCGUGACAGCAGCAGCAGGCAGCACUCUGUGGAGGCGGAGCUCCUGUUACCUGGCGUGGUCGGCAGCAGGAUGCUGGGGCUGCUGGAGCAGAAGGGCUCACUGUGGAGCUCCGCGCUCAGGCUCAAGUAUGGUUUGGGAGGUGAUGCCCGGCACCUGCGUCAGGAGUGCUACACAUCUCAGAGACUGAGGAGGGAGAGGGACUCAAACUUCACCUACAUCGUGAGGGCAGAUCACGAAUUCUACUGCUCCAACACUGCUCCCAUCAACCACAAAAUUCACAUCAGGCAUGAGGAGAGCCCCAGCCACAUUAAUUCGGCCCUGCACAUGAGCUACGGCAAACACUGGGAUGAGAUUAACAACAAACGCACAGUCCUCCUGAGCCAGUCCUUCAAAAACCAGUCCACACAAAAUCACACCAGCUACACUCUGGAGUUCAGUCUCAAGGUGCCGGAGAAAAAUUUAAACUACAAGACGCAGCUUCUGCACACUCACCUGAGACAUGUUGGGUCUGAGAGCAGCACUCACCUAAAAAUCCACUACAACAACCUGAUGCCACUGGUGGCUAGAUUGCACUGGAAAAGCCCUCCCAAAGAUAGUCUGCAAAGGAAAUGGGAAGGCACGUUUAACAUGGACACACCGUGGCUGUACAUCUACACUGCCCACAAGCUGAGCAGCCUCCAGCGACACACACUCCAGCUCACAUCGGAGCUGACCGCCAGCAAGUGGCUGACGAUCCCUAACCUCAUCCUGGAGGGUCUGUACCGGGACAGGGGCAGAGAGAGGGAGGCCCGUCUGGAGUUCUACACGCCAGCGGUCACCUACCUUCAAGCAGAAGGAUGGGGUGUGGUGGGUAAGCGAAGUGUGAAGGCCUCCUGCUCAUUGAGCUCAUUGUGGACUCCUCCCCUGAGAGGAGAGGUCUCUCUGGAGGCCUCUAAACUCAGCCAUAGCCUGCAGAUGGCCUCCACCUAUGCCAAACACAACAUCAGCCUCUCUGCCGUGCUCAACACCAUAGACAAGAAUUUGAAAAAGCGGCAAGCAAAACUGAAGAUGACCGUGUCAAGGCCCAAGGGUCCGUCCACAGAGCUGGAGUUUGAGGGAGUCUUGGAGGAGCUGAGGAAGGACAAGAGGAUGUAUCAGAAAACAGCAGUCCUCCAGCUCAGGCAGCCCUUCCAGACAUUUCCUCAGACUCUCCUCCUCAGAGAGACUUUCACUGUUGACCUCCUCAAAGGCCUUUACAUCCUGGAAUCUAAGGCCAGUUUCCAUGACGACAGAGAGGUCAUCCACACCCUUACUAUUGGCUACCAACCACCAAGCCCUUUCGUUUGUUCUGCACUGGUCCAUCCUUUCAGUUAUGACACUAUUCCAUCCAACUCAGAAUUCUGUGUGACCGUAACCAGCAACCAGACCCGGAAGAACGUACAGGGGAAGUUGCGGGUCGGCAGCAAGGAGAGACUGACUUUCUUUGGACAAGUUCAGUUGAGUCCUUCGCAUUCAAGCCAUCAAGUUGUAAAAAUCAGAGCCAACUUUACGCAUCAGCUCCAGCUGCAGCUCCCUUCCUCUGCUCUAAUGGAGGGAGAUGUGUGUUGGAACCCCAAGAACAACACUGACUUUGAUUAUGAGGCCAGAGGGAAACUGAGAGUAGAGCGGCAGGAGUGCAAACUUUCUGUACAGCUCAAUAGAACAUCAGACAGAGUCCGACUGCAUUCGUUUCUCAGUCAUCCCUUCAAAUCAAAGAUCCCCAAAACCCUCGAGGUGAAGGCCAGUGUAGAUAUAUCGAGAGUGGCAGGUAAAGGUAGUAGCUCGGUACACGUGAGGGCUGAUGGGAAGGACAGGGUGAGGCUGGAGGCCCAGAUGGCCCACUCCCUCCAAAGGGAACUCAGAGCUGUUGGACUAAGGAUGAACUUAUCGCAAAGUUUGCUGCCUACGGCCACUGACCUGCACGUAAACAUGGCUGCCAACAUGUCCUCAGACAGUGUGUCUUUACAUGGCUCUUACACGCAGGGGAAUGAGCUCCUGCUCGUCCAGGUUAAAGGAUCUGUAGGAAACACCCAGGGUCGACAGCUGGCUGUGUCAGGGGACCUGAGGCACUCCAUGGCCAACCUUGUUAUUCUACCUACUGCCCUGGGGUUGGAUGGGGCACUGGGACAGUCUGACUCCCUCAUCGAAGGACAGCUAAGAGUUAGAGUAAUGGAGAAUUUGUACAGUGUAGAGCUGAGGCAUCAGCAGGACCCCGGGGAACCUUUGGACAGUGAAGAUGAAGAAGGCAUGAUGGGAAAAAAGUCCAGCAGGGCCCACGAUUGGCUGACUGUUCAGGCAGGGGAGGAGAACCUGUUUGUGAACGUGCGCCGCCAGCUGGGGAAUCGAGGAAGGGGUGAGGUCUACGCCCAGCUCUCUCACUCUUUCCACCUACUCAAGCUCACAGGUGUACCUGCCAACAUCAGUGCCCAGGUGAAGUGGGCCCAGGGUAGCGGUCAGCUGUCACUACUGGCAGAGCUGCAGACUGGUCCUGAAUAUCUGAAGGCCGAAUUUAAUGGUGGCAAAACAGACCAUCUUAUCCCCCGAUGGGAAUUCUUCUCUGGGCUGCAGCAUCAAGUCAAAGCUUUGCUGAAAAGUGGCUUGUCAAGCUCCAUACAUGCCAAAGCGUUUUACCAGGUCGAAGCAGAAGGGUUAGAUACAGGUUUGAUCUUCUACAUGGAAGAUCAGAAAAUGGCUGACAUCGCUUUCAAUGUGGGAUCAAAAAACAGCACAGCUGUAUUGUUAGUGUCUCUAUGGCAACAGAUGAGACUUCUCCAGGGACUCAUACCCACCUCUUUACAGAUGAACUGCUCAGGGGACGCCACCGCAGACCGAAUCUCCGCCCAGUGCUAUGGAAAUGUGGAAGGUCGCCCUGUGGAGACUCUCCUGUCCCCGCAGACCUCAGUCAACAUUUCCAUCACCCGUUCUGGCUGCUCAACAAAUCUAAGUACCGUCCUCCACGUUCUCCGGGGUGAGGACGAACAGAAAGGAAGUCUUACUUUGUACCUAACUUGUCUCCCUGGUCUUAGUCUAAAGGCAUCUGUCCAGCACUCUAUAAAGGCAGUACAGACACUGGGAUUUCCCUCCCUCGGGACACUAAUUCUGAAUGUCUCAACUGCCCAUUUGCCUGGCGUGGAGGUUGGCCUGGAGCUGGGACGCUGUUAUUUCAGGGGGGAAUUGGGGAAGACCAAAGAAACAGAAGGGGAUGAGUCUACUUACGCUGUCAAUGUCACAAACUAUUGUCCUGCACUACAGGGAACGGUCCUCCCAGUGUCCCUGGCUCUUCAUGGGCUCCUGUCAGUCUCCCCCUGCCAGCUCAAGGUGACCUCCUCUCUGAGUGUAGACAACCAAGACCUUACCCUGGACCUGGCACAGUCCUGCAGACCCCAGCAUCUCUCUGGGACCCUGGCUCACUCCUUCCGUGAGCUGAAGAGUCGAGGUCUGCCACAGACGAUCUCCAUAGAAGCUGCUGCCCCCGGGGGCCCCGGGCAGAGUGGGGCUCUGUUCAUCAAAGCCGGGACAUGUCACAUUAGAGCCAGUAGGAUCACAGAGGUCCAAGGAGAGGCACAGUGGCUCUUGGCUCUGGAGUCAAAGUGCCCAACAUUAGAGGCCCAUUUGAAUGGGUCAGUUUGGCGAGACCCUGAAGGUGUCUGGACAGCCACGGUGGACACUGAUCUGGAGGGCAAAAGGGGUUUCCUGAGGCUUAAUGCAAGGCCAUGGCCAGAGCUAAGUGUAGAGGGCGACCUCUGUCACAACCUUCCUGCCCUCGGGGGUUUGCCUGAACGCAGCAGACUGAGAGCAGCCUGCAGGGCUGCAGCUCAGCAAUAUGACGCGGAAGGCCUCAUUCAGGUGGAUGAGUGUGCUGUUGGUGCCAGUGGAGCUGUGAUGUCACAGUCAGGCCUGCAGGGUUCAGUGGUGUAUCACAACAACUGCACACUGAUUCAGGCAUGGGGUAGUCCGGACAGGAUGCAAGCUUCUGGGCUGCUGGUUGUCUCUCCAACUCUUGCUGAAUCCCAGGUUUCCAUGACGAUAGAUGAUACAGGAUUACAGGCUUUACUGUCACUUAGGAAAGUAAAGGAUAAGAACGAAGCAUCACUUCAUCUAAACCACACUGUACCCGUGUUGAAGAAGCUCGGUCUUCCUGCAAAUGCCACAGUGUCAAUGGAUUCUGGGAGUCACAGAAAUGGCUCAUUCUUUUACUUUUUCAACAGCAGCGUAGAAACUCAAAAGCUGACUCAAGAGAUGACAGUGUCAAAGAUGCACAACACAGUAAGAGUAAAGAGUAAUUUCAGACACACGGUGAACUAUCUGAAGAAACUGGGAGUCCCUGGAAACAACAGCAUUCGGGUUGAGCUCGGUUCCUCCGAGGGGAAGGCCUUAACCUUACAGUCCCAGUUUGGAGGCCAGCAGGCCGGACUGAGAUUAAAGAUGAAAUGUUUCCCCACGACCAGCGAGAUAAGUGGAAGCAUGUGGCACAGCUGGUCAUGGCUACAGGAUAGAGGACUGCCACUGAAUAUAGAGGGUCUGUGUUCCAUCCAGGGAGUCGUUCCUCAGUUUCAGUCCAGGGCUCAUCUCAAUGUGGACGGAUACAAACUGCUCGCCUCUGGCUUUAAUGUCAGUGCGGACGAUGGACGUCUGGCCCUGCAGCUCUCUUACUCUCCACUUGCCUCUAAUCAAACAAGGCCACAAUUCAGUCUGGGCACUUCACUGUCCGCUCAGGUCAAAGGUCCUCUGCGCAGCGCCUCAGUAGAUGUCCAGUGUCAAGACUGGAGGCUCCGGGUGAUGGGGGACGUAGGAGCCUGGAGGACACAUGGAGGCUCCAAGGAGGCCAGAGUUACACUCAGACAUACUGUACAGGGGCAAAACAGUCCCGCUCUACAGCUUGAAGCCUGGGGAAGACUCACUGAGUCCCAGCUGAGAUGCUCCAUGGCCGUGAACCCUGAGCUCAGCUCGUCACUCGCACUCAUCAUCCAGGGACACCAUCUGCCUCAUAGCAAGGACCUGAUGGUGAAGCUAGUCCAGAAUAUCCCCAAGAUGUUGGUCUACCUGCCUUCUCAGCUCAACGUCCGCUCUCAGCUAAACCAGUCUCACUCUAGUGUGUCGGGAUUGUUGGAGGUGUUGUCGGGCAGGAGGAGGUUGUUGGCUCUGGGGGAACUGGCAGCGAUCGAGAGCGGAUACAGUCAGGCUCUGGAGCUCAAACACUCUUACCCACAGUUGAAGCCGCUGCCCAGGACUGUAGCAGUGAGGACCAUGUAUGAAGCCAGGAACUGGAGCUACCAGGUCCAACAUGGAGCUGUGUGGGGCAGUCAGGAGUUCAGCCUGUCUGGUCUGUACUCUGCUCCUCCAGCGCUGGAGAUGGGGAACCGGACCCUGAAGGUUCAGAUCAAAUCCAUUCCUCGCUGGACCAGUUUGGAGGUGACACUGGAGCGUUCCCUACAGGGCAGACAAGACGAUGUGUCACUGGGCUGGACGAGGCAUGGGCGACUGGAGCAGGUCAGAGCUCUCAGCUCUUGGAGUCAGUCAGUGGAGAUCAACGAGACAAAGCUGGAGCUGAAACAGCCGUUCUCCGUCACACUGAGCCAGCUGUCCCUUCACACACUGUCACACAGCUCACAGAGGGAACAACGCAGCAGCCACCAGACCCAUCUGGCGUGGGACAGUGCAGCCCCUGUCAAUGUCUCCCUCAGCCUGAACAAACAGUGGCAGACAAACUCCAGCAGGGGGCAGGCGUGUGCUGUGUUCUCAACACAACAGAUGGUGGUCUCUUCUGUUAAAGGUUGUGUGUCCGUGGGUCAGGAGGGCAACUCAUAUUCACAAAACGCAGAGCUGAGAUGGGAUGAUAGCAGCGUCAAACAAGUCCUGAAGUACCAGCGGGGUUCACGGGGAAUGCACAGCCUUCAGGUUAAUGUUGGCUUGGAAAAGGUGUCUGCUGCACCCUGCCCUUCACACACACUGCUGGCCAAAGUCCAAACCAACCUCAGGGAUCGUCUGGAGCACACAGUGCUGCUGGGCCUCUGCCCACCACAGCCCACUCUUUCAUGGUCAGGAUCCCACAGAGUGAACUCUGGAGACGAGUUGUUUUACACACAGUCUCGCCUCUCUGUGACAGGACGCCCCCACCAGUGCAGCCUCACCCUCUCCCUCAUCAACUCCUCCACUGCUCAGGGCACCAACAUGUCUCUUUUCUCGGAGACUAUGAUAGGUAACUGGAGUGUGGAAGUGGGGGGCAGUGCCCUGCAGUGGCCCCAGGGCUCUGGUCUUCAGGUGCAGGCCAGACUGGACCGUACGGAGAAGAUCUGGCUUAACGGGACAGCAGAGGGACGGUGUCUUCAGACCACAGCGGGUUAUCUGAAGGGUCCAGACUCCUGCGAAGACCUCACCGUGGUGGCAUGUGUGGCAACAAAUCACAGUUUGAUGCUGAAUGUACAGAAAAGAGACAGAACUCUGGGCAGUGUGUCCGUGGGAACAGCCGGUCAGAGGCUGAUGCUGAGAGCAAAUGGCUGUUUGGAAAGUCUCACUGCAGCAGAGGCACGGAUUCACUAUUUGAGCUCUCGGAUAUGGAAUAAACUGCUGGAGAGAAUCAAGACAUUACAGCAUCUCCUCGCUGAACUCAGACGACAGUCGAGAGACAGCAAGAUGCUCCAGGAGUUGAGCGGUGUGCUCCUUCGCGUUUCCCAGCGAGCUGAGGCCCUGCCGGGUCAGAGAGACAGAGGUUUGCUGGCUCUGUGGCAGAGCAGCUCCCUUCGUCACACCGUGACCGACAGCUUUCCUCGCCUUCUGAGUCUGCUGCAGCACGCCUCGGCGAUCGGACAGCAGGAGCUGAGAAGGCCCCUGGCCACUCUGGCAGGUGUGUACCAGGACGUGAAUGGCCAGCGGCUGGAGAUGUUUUGGAGGGAGACUGUUUUGCUGUGGACUGACGGGCUGGUGGAGGUCUUGCAUGCUCUGCUGGGGAACCCUCAGCUGAGGCCGCUGGCUCGGGCUGGCGUCACCACGUUCAGUGUUGCCCUGGAUGUGAUAGGACAGCAUACCUACCACUGGAUGGAGAGCAGGUUGGCCACGGCUCUGUCUGGAGUCAGGAAAAGACUGGCCUCUGUUUACAAACUCUCCCCCAGCGACUGUUCAGUAACCGUGUCCGUGCCGCUGCCUCCGCUCCUCCAGUCCAAGUGGGCCCAGGCUGGACUGGUGGAGAUCCUUCUGGAGGAGUGGCUCCUGAGGCCGCUGCAGACCCUCGCCUCCAUCAGGCCCACUGCUGAACUCUACCGCCUCAAGAGGAAGAUCAUGGACAGCCCGUUUAAACACCAAGCUCUGCUGGUGGCAGAUCAGUUUGUAGUGACAUUUGACGGUCACCUGUAUGAGCUGCCCCGCUCGUGUCCACUGCUCCUCGCCCGACAUGUCAGCGCUGACCCUUCGUUCACGCUGCUGCUCGGCUCACACUCACAGAGCGUCCUCCUGGUACAGAUGAACAACAGCACCGUCAGCAUCCAGCACAGUGGACAGGUGACUGCCGACUGCAACAACACUGUAACGCACACAUUUCACAGUGACAAUGGAGUGGCUGUCAGAAGAGGGUCAAACAUUGUGACGGUGUCCAAUCAGAAUGGAGUGUCAGUGUCAUGUGACCUGUCGCUUGAAGUUUGCAGCUUCACUCUAGAUGGAUGGCUGCACGGCGCGUCCGCUGGUCUGCUAGGGACCAAUGACAACGAGGCAGGAAACGAUUUUCCGUUGCCUGAUGGAACUCCAGCUGAAAACCUGGACAGUUUUUUCACCAGUUGGCAGAUGAAACCUGAAUGUAUCAGGCCGCCGGCUACAGCAGCCACAAGCCCAGUCAGCUGCGACUAUCUGUUCUCCUCUCCCGAUUCUCCGCUGAGUUCUUGUUUCAGAGUGGUGGAUCCUGCCCAGUUCUCGUCUGUGUGCGAGCGGAGCUCCUCCGGGGCCUCCUGCAGAUUAGCAUCAGCUUUCGUGCAUCUCUGCCAGCAGAACUACAUACCACUGCAGGUCCCCGUCCAGUGCUUGAAAGUAUGAAGGAAGGACAAGCUUUUGAAAAGCAAAGAAGAGUGGUAUAUGACCCUGUCGGCUGUUAACAACACUCAUACCACUGGCUGUGCUACAUUAAUUAUAUAUGUAUAUUUUAUAUUAUAUUUUGUACACUAUUGUUUAGUUACACAAUAUUUUACCUCUUGUAUUGCACACUUUUGGCCUGUUUAAACAUGGAGAUUUUGUGCCAGUGAACCUACUAACUAUAACAAGUAGUUUAUUAGUAACAACAAGGCAUAUUUUUUUUUCUGUGCUCUGUAGUGCACUGAAGAUAUUUGUGACUGACUUUAGCGCAACUACAGCAACAACUUUGAUCAUAAAGAUGCCAACAAAUACUUUAUACUGUUUGAUGACGUGCAUUUAUUACAUUUUUGUAUGCCAUGUACUGUAUGUUGAAUACGUGUUUUGAUUUCUCUUCAUUGCUCAGUUAAUUUGUGCCCUGGAAGAUGGGUAUGUAGUGGUGUAUCUUGGACUUCCGCCUCUGUGUGACACACUCUGCGAUCCAGACAAUGUUGCGACCCUCCUGCUCCUUCAGUCGGAUGUAGGAGUAAAAUACGCCAAAGUGGAACUGCUGCAGGAAAGCAAGUGUGUUCAGCUUUACCUGUGGAAAGACCAAAGUUAAGCCACUCUGACAGACGGAAACUAGAUUUGUAAACAUGAGGUUUACAAUUGAAAUGAAGUCGAGAAAAUGAUUUCCCUGUUUUCAGUUUGCAAUGAACUUGCAAUGUUAAAAAAGAAAAAUACCUACUGGUUGACUCUUUCAUAUUGCCAGUAAAAAUAAUAAACUGCCCAUACUUUUAAAAUAA